GUGAAAAUAUAUAACCUAAAAUUAUCUUUUUAUUUUAAAGUUGUGGAUCUAAGAUGGUUUUCUUUAAAAACGUAGCCUUGAUUCUGGUAUUUACUGUAUUGUGUUUAUGUGUUCAAGAUUGUUUUGGUGACAAUUUUUGCAACGAAAAUAAAACAAUUAUUAUUGAAACAAAUUGUCGAAAAUGUUACAGGAAUUACGCUACAAGGUGUCCAGACGGGGCUACUAAAUUGACAAGAGGACGAGGAGAUGCGACCUGCUAUGUGCCAGCAUCCAUCUGGGGUCACAAGCAUCGAAUCCGAGGGUGCCUGCAUAAAUGUGAGCAACCUAUAGAAAUAGAAAAGUGUUGCACUGGUUCCUGGGGUGCUGAUUGUGACGCAUGUCCUUCAAUUUAUAAUGUCAGACUGAAUAGACCUUGUAGUGGUCAUGGAAUAUGUAAUGAUACUAUUGAUGGAAAUGGACAGUGUACAUGUCAGGAAAAUUUUACAGGGUAUGCAUGUGAACAGUGCAUUGAUACAAAGAAAUAUGGUAGAAACUGUGACAAAGAUUGUCAAUGUGACCAUGGGACAUGUGAGAAUGGUAUUCGAGGAGAUGGGUCAUGUGAUUGUGAUUCAGGGUAUAAUGGCACUAGGUGUGAUCAAGAACUUGAAGCAUGUAAAAAUAAGAUAUGUCCAAAGAACUCGAAGUGCAAAGAUGUAUUUGGUUGGGUGAUGUGUACUUGUGAUCAAUGGUAUAAAAGAGUGUACAUCAGCAUAAAUGAUACAGGAAGUGAUCUUAAUGGCACCACUGUCGGAAGCAAUGAAACAGAGGUUAAAAAUAGUCAUGAAUGUGUUCCCAUCGAUGUUUGUACAGAGAGAAGCUUUAAUCGCUGUCAUGAUAACGCUUCAUGUACCACAAUUGGCCCUGGUAAAGUUAACUGUUCUUGUUUAACUGGUUACCAUGGUGAUGGCUAUGUAUGUGACCCUAUUGACCCUUGCCAAGUUGACAAUGGAGGCUGUGAUUCAAAUAGAUCAAGAUGUCGAUAUGCAGGACCUGGGCAGCAUACUUGUCAAUGUUUAAAAGGAUAUGAAAUGGAUCUACAAUUACAGACCUGUGUGAUGAUUGAUGUUUGUUUCAUCAAUGCCUCUUACUGUAGUGAAUAUGCAACAUGUUCUAUGAUUGGUCCAUUACAACCUGACUGUACAUGUAAUGAAGGAUUUGGAGGAGAUGGGUUUUCAUGUUACAAUAAUAUAGCUGAUCUUAUUGAAGACUUAAACAACUUUGGAGAUAACGAGGUUAAAGGAAAGAUGAACUAUGCAAGUCAGCUGGUAUCCAAGCAUUAUUACAAGGAACUACGUAAUAAUGGACCGUUUACACUGUUUAUCCCAACAGAUGGUGGAUUUAGGACAGUUCUUGGUAGACAGAGUUUUGAAGAAUUUGUGGCAGACACAGAUACAGCUAGGCAGGUUUUGCGACAACAUAUAUUAGUAGGAGAAUGGACACUUGAUAAGUUAGCUGAGGCCAAUGAUGUGUAUACACUACAAGGGAUCCCUGCAAAUAUUCAGGCCAAAACGAAACAUGGUGAUCUAUUCUAUCGAUACAAGUUACCAGGGUCAGUGGGUCAAAGAGCAUCUAAAACAACAGUAUUAAAAGAGAACAUAAUUGCAGCAAAUGGAGUUGUACAUGUAAUUGGUAAAAUGUUAACUAAGACUCCAGAGGUCAAAGGUGACCCUAAGAGAAAUAUGCUGGAUUUAAUUAAAGCAGAAGAAAAAUACAGCAAAUUAGAGUCUUUGAUUGAAAAAGCUGGUAUGACUAACCAUGUUAAAGCAACAAAUAUAACCAUGUUUACACCAGAAAACUCUGCCUGGGACAGUCUACCUGAAAAUGCUCUGGAUCAUUUCUCAUCACCCGAGGGUGUUAAUUCACUAAGACAGAUACUUUUAAACCAUAUAUUUGAUGGAGUGAUUGAAGCAGCUGAAUUGAUAGAUUUAGACAGAAUUAGGUCUCAGGCUGAUGUAGAAAUAGCUGUUAAUGUAACUGAAAAGGGACAGAUAGUGUUAAACAAAUAUAUCAGUAUAACACAAACAGAUAUACCAGCAAUGAAUGGGCUUUACCAUCAUAUAGAAUCUGUACUUCUACCGGGACAUAUCAACUCACUUCUCCCAAGUCAAUGUGAUGAAGAAACAUCAGAAUUAGUAGUGGGACCAUGUGGGCCAUGUAUAGAUACAGAUGGUUUAACUUGUCCAAGCUCUACUGAUGUUCCUAUUAAGGAUGAGGUUAGAACAGGAUGUACUUAUACAAUCUACCGCAUGAGUCUAGGUGGUUGUGCUCAAGUUUGUAACAGAACUCAUAUUAAGAAACAGUGUUGUCCAAACUUCUACAGCAUUGACUGUCAUCCAUGUCCUGGUGGCUUCAAAAAUCCAUGCUCAGAUAAUGGACAGUGUAUGGAUGGAGUGAAUGGUAAUGGAACAUGUAUGUGUGAUACAGGCUUUACUGGUACCCUAUGUAACCAGUGUGAAGAUCCUAAUAAAUUUGGUCCAUUCUGUAAUCAGACUUGCACCUGUCAGAAGGGGAUAUGUAAGAACACAAUAGAUGGAGAUGGAACAUGUAAACGCUGUAAAAACCAUUUGUUCAAGGGAGAUAAUUGUGACAUGAAACAAAUGUUCUGUCGCCCUAGACUUUGGAAAAAGUUAUAUUCUUCAGGAUUUUGUCAUCUGAAUGCCUACUGUGAUAGUUCUUACAGAUGCAAGUGUCAACAAGGUUAUGAAGGAAAGUAUAUCAACAAUGAUCUGAUCUGUAGUGAAAUAGACAACUGUCAGCUUCCAGACCGUGGAGGAUGUCAUCUCCAAGCUACGUGUUUAAAGACAGGACCAGGUGAUAACAUCUGUAAAUGUGAGGCUGGAUGGGUCGGUGAUGGGAACUUUUGUUAUCGUAGUGUACAGUGUAACUCACAUAGAGAUUGUCAUGUAAAUGGAAGAUGCACACCACACUGGACAAAAACACAGACUCUGUGUGAAUGUAUUAAUGAUUUUCAUGGAAAUGGUACUUAUUGUGUCCCCAAUGAUCCCUGCACUGUAAACAAUGGCAACUGUCACAGAAAGGCAGACUGUACCACUGUUGGUUUAGGUAACCAUACAUGUACAUGUAUGAUGGGAUACGUAGGGAAUGGAUAUGUAUGUAUCCCUACAAUAUACAAAGUUGUUGAGGAAGAUGCCAGACUCUCCAAGCUUUUAGGAUUUCUUCAGAAACUAGGAAAUGAAGACCUCCUAUUGUCAACAACAGACAAUUAUACAUUUUUUGCUCCGAAUAAUAAUGCAAUGGAUUUUGUUAUAUCAAGAAUGGAAUCCAGUUAUUGGGAUAAACCUGAUAAUAUCUUAAAUUUCAUAAGAUUCCACACUUUACCUGGGUUGUUCAGUAUAGAUAUGUUGUUAUCAUACCAGAAAACACAUAUAAGAAUGGAGACAUUGUAUGAUGGCUUCUCACUUAGUGUAUUUAACUACAAUAAUGAAUCUUUUGUUGGAGCAUAUGAAGACACAAAAAUAUUAUCUGGAUUUUUGGAUCAAGAUAUACCAGCUGUCAAUGGCUAUGUUCAUAUUAUUACUAAGGCAUUAGAACCUUUUUUCCCUUCCUCUGAUACACCAAUGUUAGAUGAGUUUUUCAACAGUCAUUCAGAAUACAGUCAAUUUGGAGAUUGGUUAGAGAUGAGAGGCAUACUAGACAACAUAAUGCUAAAUAUGAACCAGUAUACCCUAUUGGUACCUACGAACUCAGCAAUGGUUGGACACAACAUUUCUUUUGUACAAUCAAGGUACCUGAAGUUUUAUAUGUUACCAAGAAUAAGAUUGUUGAGCUCAUUUGAAGACGGAGAAACAAUACCUACUGUACUAGGCACCACUCAGCAAUUAAAGUUUACCAGAAUAGGUAGCAAGGUCUAUGUAAAUAAUGUUUUGAUAUCAGCACCAAAUAUGAUAACAGCAGGAGGUGUGGUCCAUGGUAUUGAUGGUCUUCUGUCACCUAUACUACAUCAGUGUAAUAUAACUCAAGUAAACACAGUCUUUGGUCCAUGUAAAGCUUGUUCUAUAGGAUACUAUUUAUGUCCAGAGGGUUAUGAGCAGGUGAAUAAAAAUGACCUAAUCAAGGAUUGUUAUUAUCCCUAUCAUGAUGGAUACUCACGUAAAGGUUGUCGUGGAUUAUGUGAACAACGAACAUUGGUUCCAGAGUGUUGUCAUGGAUACUUUGGUCCAAAUUGUCAAGAAUGUCCUGGUGGAGCAGAGUUCCCAUGUAAUAAUAAUGGAGUUUGUCAUAAUGGUAUCAAUGGGACAGGAGUUUGUUUAUGCAAAUCAGGAUUUAAUGGAACAUCAUGUGAAUUUAUGAAUGUUAAUGGAACCCUUCAAGCUUGGAGUUUAUCAUGUCUUUACAACAAUGGAGGCUGUAGUCCAAACGCUACAUGUGAGGUAGCACAGAGUGGAAGAGUUAUCUGCACUUGUUUUACUGGAUUGGUGGGAGAUGGGUCACAAUGUCAGAACCCAUGUGACCAGGACAAUGGUGGCUGUCAUAAUAAUGCUCAAUGUAUAUUUAUAGAAGGAUAUGGCAGAAACUGUAGCUGUGAUGAUGGAUUUCAAGGCAGUGGACAAGUUUGUACACAGAUGUUAAAGAUGUCUCGUUCACCUGCAGUUUGGGUGUAUGUGGUGUCAGUAUUAGUUGCAGUGAUAGUUUUGACAAUAUUAGCCUUCACUGGUGUAUUUAUAUAUAUGAGACAUAUGAACACUUCUGGAGUAUUUCAAGUGAUGAAGUUUUCAAGAAAGGAUUCUGUCAACGAACCACUCCAGCCAGAUGACAAAGAGAAUGAAUUCAUGGUAUCACAGCCUUCCCCACCACCUGACAUUAACUUCUGUAAUCCAUUAUAUAAUGUUAAUGAAGCAUUUAAUGACAUGUGAUAUUAACUAGAGUAAGUGUACGCUCUAAGAAAUCAAAGAUGCACUUGAAGUUUGAGAACAAUUUGAAUAUUAACUGAAUUCCUAUGGUUGCAAAGAACACGUUAUUUAUGAUUUUUUUGUAAGCAUUCCUAACUGAAAAGGGGUUAUAUAAUACAUUUUUCAUUGUUUUACACAAAACAUUGGGUAUCUGUCCAUUAUAUCUUGAAAGAGUUAAAUAUUAAUUCAAAAUAAAAUAUUGAUGCAGAUGAACAGUUGAAAUGAAAAUAAGUUGAUCUGUAAUACAGGUUGUUCUGAUGUCUGUAUAUGUGAUAAAUCAUAAUAAAUUUUUACAAU